CCGGCAUCUCUUGCCAUUGAUUACAGCUUUAAAUCAUCAUCAUCUACUCGACAGGCUUUUUUGCCUUGCAUUACGACGGUCCUGUAUAAAUGGAAACUCCGUCGUAAACUAGCGAUGCGAUCAACAUAGGUCGUACUCAAAGGAGACUUGAACGGAAUCUCCGAUGCCUGCAUCGCUUCGUGGCAUCUAUGGAUAACCGCGGUUCCUUCUUUUUCCUGCUGAUCGUUUUUUAUCUUCUUCUCAGCUCGCAGUCUCGUCCGCCGUUACUUGACCAGGAUCGAGAGCGCCAGCGGGAAGUAGCAAGGGAACGAGAUGCCCUUCGUUUGUUGAAUGAAUCCAAAUAUGGGGACUUCGACCCGCCGGCUGAUAAAUGGCUUCCUUUUGCGGGAACCAGGAAGAAUGACAGUUAUGCUUGGGGUAUUCUCCCGGAAGCUCAGGGUAGAGCUCGACACCAGUUACGAUCCGCCAUUUCAAACGCUGGGCUGGAACCUCCCAGGUCUCUAGAAGACCCCGACGCUUUACCUUCCCUGAAUCUGACUCAGUUGUUACUCCCGGUCUACCGCAAUGCGACAGGGAAAUUGCGUGGUGAUUGGGUUCGCCGCAAGUUGGACAAAGAGUCUCCGAAACUCAACACUACGGCUAUCGCUUUGGAGCAUGAGUAUUUCACCCACGAAUUCGGGUUGAACAUCACCGGCAGCAAGCUUCGGGUAGAUAGUGGCCAAGUUCGAGAGAUACGAGCGACAUUGGCUGUCGAAAGCAAUGACUUCUGGGGAAAUACCUGGUAUAUCUCCUUAUUCGGUGUCCAUUUCCCAGAGACGGGAGGCAUCGUCCUGAGUUCAAAUAGCGAGAAGUUUGAGGGGUUGUUCGUGCUGCCGCAUCUGGCUUUCUCCUCAGACGCGUAUGAGCUUUCACAUCAGCUUCUCCUCAAGUCGCUCUCUGAUACCUUAUCUGAGAAAGAGAAUCGCCCUCCGACGCUUUUCCCGUGGUCGUCCCUAAUUGGAUCGGAGCAGGUAGAAUUCCCUGCACCCAAGUGUGAACAUAUUGUCUACCUGCAACAACAUCCAGUCGCUGUUCAUGACUACCUAGCGGAUAAGCCAGUGGUUGACCAGAUAGAAGAGGAGCUAAGAUUCCCAAUUGGGGCUCCGGUACCACCUGCUCCGUUAAUGGUCAUGUCCGCCGUGGUAUUCUCUCCGGACUGUGGGUAUAUCCUCGAGACCAAGGGAACGCCAGACUUCCCUCCGAGCGAAGGCCUCUAUCUCACGGGCCCGAAAAUUGAAGAGUACGACAAAUACAGUGCGCGUCUCGUAUUUAUCAUAUGCGGAGUGUUUGCCGCACAAAUCACACUACUUCUGAGACAGAUCAAGGAGGCAUCGACACCUUCCACCCGGAGCCGUAUUAGCUUCUAUACAAUUGCUCUUAUGGCCUUUGGGGAUGCUUUUGUUCUUAUCUUCAUUCUCUUGGAGCUGUAUCCGGCGGUGUCAUUCUUGGUCAUGGCGACGGCGGCCUUUCUCACGUUUCUGUCGGUCAGCUACAUUGGUAUGAAAUUCAUGAUGGAGAUCUGGGCUGUCCAAGCGCCCGAACGCAGGGAGCGAGAGCGUCGCUCCAAUCCUCCGGUUUCAACUCCGCGCUCGAGAGGCCUACCUCUCCCAGCGACAUCGGCCCCAGUAAGAGACGCUGGCACAACACCCAUCAUAUUGACUCCAGAUCAAGAUCCUCCUGCCGAGGAGGAUGAUCAACCAACCCACCGUGGCACCACUUCAACAGCUCAAGAAACUCGCAAUGACGUCGGUGCGAUGUAUGCACGAUUCUACUUCGUCCUAUUCGUGAUGCUCAUUAUUUCCAUAUGGUCUUUCCUUUGGCCGAACCGGCUAGGAGCCCUAUAUGCGCGCGCUCUUGCCUUUGUCUAUCUGUCAUUCUGGACCCCACAGAUUGGCCGCAAUAUCAUGCGCAACUGCCGCAAAGCGCUCCGCUGGGAUUUUGUGGUCGGACAGAGUAUUCUGCGACUGUUUCCGUUUGCGUAUUUUUUAACGGUACGUGGCAACGUGCUGUUUAUACGCCCAGAUACGACGACAGCUUUUGCGCUAGCAGGCUGGGUGUGGAUUCAGGUCUGGAUCCUGGCGAGUCAGGACAUUCUCGGACCGCGGUUCUUCGUCCCUCGAGGCUGGGCACCGCCCGCGUAUGACUAUCACCCAAUUUUGCGAGACGCUGAUGAGUCUGAGGCAGAUCUGGAGUCUGGCGGUGUCCUACCGAUCGGCGCUCUUAGGGCUGAGGAUCUUUCCGGCGAUGCGAAGGAUGAGGACAAACAGCGGACCAAGGACAGGAAAAAGGCGGUUUUUGAUUGUGCGAUCUGCAUGCAGGAAAUCGAGGUACCUGUUCUUGCAGCGCGUGGAGCCGCCGGAGGCAGCAGUGUCACCGAGGGAGCUACAAGUAUCCUCAGUCGUCGCACUUAUAUGGUGACGCCUUGUCGACAUAUUUUCCACAGCACUUGUCUCGAGAGCUGGAUGCGAUUGCGACUCCAGUGCCCCAUUUGUCGAGAGUCCAUCCCUCCUGUAUAG